AUGGCCAGCAAUCCCUUCCAGCUACAGUAUACCCCCGUGGAGGAGAUUUCGGCGCGUGUGGCCACGGUGCGCGAGACUUUUGCCCAGCACAAAACGCGUGAGGUGGAGUUCCGGCUGGUCCAGCUUCGCAAGCUGUAUUGGGCAGUCAAAGAUCAUGAGAAAGAGAUCGCCGAAGCAGAGAACCGCGACCUAGGCCGGCCCGCGUUCGAGAUAUACAGUGGCGAGAUCGGCUGGGUCGAAAACGACAUUGUCUUCGUCACGAAGAACCUGGAGAAAUGGAUGAAGGACGAGAAGGCGCCGGAUAUCAGUCUGACGUUCAAGUUUAUGAACCCGAAGAUCCGCAAGGAUCCGUUUGGUUGUGUGUUGAUCAUUGGACCGUUCAACUACCCCUUCCAGCUGACUCUCGGCCCGUUGAUCGGUGCCAUUGCGGCGGGCAACACGGUCGUGCUCAAGCCCAGUGAAAGUGCGCCUCAUUGCGCGGCGGUCAUGCAGAAGAUCAUCGAGGCGGCGCUCGACCCGUCGUGCUACACCGUCGUGCAGGGCGGCAUCCCCGAAACCCAAGCCCUGCUGGCCGAGAAGUGGGACAAGAUCUUCUUCACGGGGAGUGUCAACGUCGGCCGGAUCGUCGCAAAGGCGGCCGCACCACACCUGACGCCCGUCGUCCUGGAGCUGGGAGGCAUCAACCCGGCCAUCGUGACCAAGAACGCUGACCCGCGACUAGUCGCGCGCCGCAUGCUAUGGGCCAAGAUGAUCAACGCAGGCCAGGUGUGCACGUCGCAGAACUACCUGCUGGUCGACCGUCAGAUCCUCCCGCUCGUGGUCGACGAGUUCAAAAGGGCCUACGCCGAGUACUUCCCCCUCGGCGCCAAGGCGUCUCCGGACUACGGCCGCAUCAUCAACCAGGCUUCCUUCCGCCGCAUCAAGGCCCAGAUCGAUUGUACCAGAGGCAAGAUCCUCAUGGGCGGCUCCAUGGACGAGUCCGACCGCUUCAUCGAGCCAACCCUCGUCCUGGUCGAUUCCCCCGAUGACCCGCUCAUCGUCGACGAAACCUUUGGCCCCAUUCUGACCAUCCUCCCCGUCGACGAUCUCGAGCAAGCCAUCCACACCGCAAAUACCAUCCAGAGCACGCCCCUGGGUAUCUAUCCUUUCGGCACCAAAGCCGAAAUAGCAAGAAUUCUAAAUACCACCCGCUCCGGCGGCGUCGCCGUCAACGACGCCGCCCUGCACAUCCCAACCCUGCCCUUUGGUGGCGUCGGCGAGAGUGGCACAGGCGCCUACCGCGGCCGCGCCAGCUUCGACGCCUUCGUCCACCGCCGCCCCGUCACCACCAGUCCCGGCUGGGUCGAGUCGCUGCUUGCCAUCCGCUACCCACCCUACGCGGGCAAGCUGGAAAAGUUUCGUCUGAUGAGUACCCUGCGCCCGGACUUUGAUCGCCACGGUAACAGGUUGCGUCUUGGCUGGUUGCGUUCUCUGCUUACCCUUGGCGGCGGGACUGUCGCGUCGGGCGCAGGCCGUGCCUCUAUUCUCCUUGUUCUAUACGUCGUGCUACGGUACUUUCAACGGUCGAAGCUGUGA